UCUGCAGCUCCCUGUCACAAGUGCAGCACACCACGUGCACAUUUUCAGGUAGUUUUCAUCAGGAUGACCACACUGAACAGGAUCCGUGCAGCAGCUGUAGCGAGUUUUCUGCUUGUUGCUUUGCUGCCAGGCACGGAGUGCGACAGUAGCUACUGCGACAUCUGCAGCGAUCACACGCUGUGUAUCUACCAGGGUUAUGGAAGCGCCUGCCACAAAGUGGUACACAGCGGCACCACAGGAGCAGACGCCACGGCCGUCGUGGAAGCCCACAACAGACUCCGCGACAGGGUGGCGGCCGGCAGGGAGCGCCGCGGUCGGCCUGGACCCCAGCCACCGGCCGCCGACAUGAACACUCUGGUGUGGGACGAUGAAUUGGCAAGGAUUGCCCAGCGUUGGGCUGACCAGUGCACGUUUGAUCAUGACUCUUGCAGGGAUGUUGAAAGGUUUAAAGUUGGUCAAAACAUCUAUCUCUCCAGCACCACAGGACCAAUAAGAGGAGCUGAGUGGUCGACAGCGGUUCAAGCUUGGUAUGAUGAGGUCAGAGCUUUCAGCAAAAACAAUGUCAACAAAUAUCAAUUCAGUGCAGGAACGGGACACUACUCACAGGUAGUGUGGGGCAACACAAAACGUAUUGGCUGUGGCUACACAGUCUACAAUGAGACAAGUCGGUGGACAACUCAGCUGUACGUUUGCAACUACGGACCAGCUGGGAACUUCAUAGGGCGUCGUGUCUACACAAUUGGCAAAAGUUGCUCCAGGUGUCCUGGAGGAUGUCAUAGCACCUACAGUUCAUUGUGUGCCUAGUGAGAAGAAUUAAACAUCAACUAUUACAGAUUUGUUAUACGACGAGAUUCCAACAGUUAUUGGAUAGCAUGAACCAAAGACUCACUUUAGUAUAUGAAACAAAAAGUGGUUAGUCUUUCUUCAGACUGUUUCACACUCACAGGACAUCAGUCACC